AGGUCUCUCCUUUGGCUUGGCCUUCUCUGGUUUCCGUGUCAAUUUUGACUGAAAUUUGGAAAAUUUUGGUUUUUUUGAGUUCUUUGUGGAGAAGGGCAUGGUCUCAUGACUCUCAUCAGAAUGUACGAGCUUUUUUCACCGUCCGUUCUUUUUCUCAUUUUCUUGGCUAACCAUAAUAAGAGCAUUAAGUUGUUAACUCUGACAAAAAAAAAACACACACACACAUACACACAUACACACAUUUUUUUUGGUUGGAAUAUUUGGUCAGUCAAUGCUGCUGAGCAGAUUGGGUUUUCAUUUUCUGUUAUCAUUUGUGUUCAUUUGUUGCUUACUCUAUGAUCAGUUGCAGCCUGUUGUGUGAAACUGGAAGAGUUCUUCAUGCUCCCAUAUUCGCUGGAAACGAACUUAACUCGAUCAAUUCGAAACAAAUUACUUAAAUACAAACGUGAUUCAUCUGGGUAGGAUUGUUAUUAGUUUGAGGAAAUUUAGGAAACCUUUACUUGAGAAGGUGGAAUUUAUCCCCACUCCGCAGGUUCCAAACGGGUACCCAGAUUCUGGAUAGGGUCUGGUUCCGGACUCUGGUUCCAAAAUCUAGGAACCUUUCCUAGAGGGUAGUGUUCGUCUCCAUACUCAUAAGGUUGUUUGAGCUCAAAGGAAUUUGAGCAGACUUCUCAUUUUAAUCUGAAGCUGCAGCGUACGAACCCUUUGAAGGAAUGCUUGAGUUUUGAGUUGACUGAUUCUGUUGCUCGUACAGUCCACGGACACGUACAAAUCAGAGCUGAUUAACAUCAGAGAAGUCAGGUGUUUUCUUUCUGAGCCAGAUGGACAACGAUAGUGAUUUCACUUUCUGCCAGGUAGGUGCACCCGUUAGCGAAGAGGGGAAGAAGCUUGUGCCUGAUAUUGGUGGUAUAAAGAUAAAUGACGAUUCGUCAACUGACUCUGGAGGUGGUCAGAAUAGUGGUUUGCUCUCGGAGGACAAAUCACAAGAUAAUCCCACCUCAACUAGGCAAGCAACUGUUGGAUCCUUGUCCUUCAAGGUUACCGAUAGAUCCGGACUGAAGAAAGUGAGCAACCCAACUCCAGGAGAUGCUAGAACUUCAGCAACGAAUCCACAGGAGCUGAAGGCUGGGGGAAAGAAACCUGCAGCUCGGGCGAAGGUCCCUUUUGAGAAAGGCUAUAGCCAAAUGGAUUGGCUCAAACUCACCCGCAUGCAUCCUGACCUUGCAGGAUUGAAGGGACAGUCUAAUAGGAGGCUCAUUUCGAUGAAUGAGGUUAAAGAACACCGGAUGGAAGGUUCGAUGUGGACUGUUCUAAAGGGUCGCGUCUACAAUUUGUCUCCGUACAUGAAGUUUCAUCCUGGUGGUGUUGAUAUACUAAUGAAGGCUGUCGGAAAAGAUUGUACAUCUUUAUUUAACAAAUAUCAUGCCUGGGUGAAUGCGGAAUUCUUGCUGGAGAAGUGUCUUGUCGGAAUCUUAGAUGAGACCCGGUAGGAACAGAGAUUGCUAUAUACGGACUGCGGGAUACAUUCCUGCCCAAUUUUUUGUUAAGCAGAUGGAGGAUCUGCAAUCCUUAUUCGAGACCAGUAUAUAUGCUAAAUAAGCUUACUGUCAUUGCACAAUUUGAAACAGCAGUUAAUAAUAAAUUCCUUGUGUUUUACUAC